AUGAACGAAAAUCUUCCAAGUACUCUAUCGUCACUAUUGCCCAUCCGCUCAACCCUUAAAUCAGGAUUUCCCAUUCUGAUUACUUCUGUAACUCCCUCUUCACCAAUAACUCGCUUGAACUCUAUAUUUAACGAAAUCAUCGAAGAUGGGAACACAUAUCCUCAGGAGUUUCCACUGAAUGCCGAUGAAUUCAGAAACCUUUUCUUGAGUCACGAUGCUUUCGUUGCGUUAAAGGACAUUAGUAAUGAGGACGUGUGGAGAGACGAACAUGUCCUGGGAAUGUUCUACGUGAAACCCAAUUAUCCAGGACGAUGUUCGCACAUAUGUAAUGCCGGAUUUGUGGUUCCUAGGAAAUAUCGCAAUGAUGGUGUAGGUAAAGCAAUGGCACGUGCGUUCGUUAAGAUUGCUCCGGCUUUGGGAUACAAAGCUUCCGUGUUUAACCUUGUCUUUGAGACUAACAUUGGUUCCAUAAAGAUUUGGAGAGAUCUGGGUUUUAAGGAAAUCGGUCGGAUCCCAAAAGCUGCAAGACUACGCGGUCAUGAAAAAUUGGUUGAUGCGCUGAUGUUUUAUUAUGAUUUUGAACAAUCUCAGUAA